AUGCCCGAAUACAGUCUGCACUACUUGAACUGUCGAGGUCUCUGCGAGCCAACAAGGUAUUGUCUCCACUAUGCCGGCAUUCCGUUCGAGGACAAGAGAUAUUCGUUUGCUGAGUUCCCAAAGUACAAAGAGUGUAAGUUCGAGAACGUUAUUCUGUUUUGCACUAAAACUAUAUGCAACCGCAAAAGAAAAUUCACAGAGGGUUUCUCAAGUCGGUAGAGUAAAUUUUAUACGAAAGGGGUCUUUAGACGGCAACACGGCAACCCGACAUGAUCUGCGAAAAUUUAACACGUUUAGUUUUCUGUUUUCCGGCACUUUUUGAACACUCAUCAUAACUCUUUCAGUAUACCCGAACAAACAGGUCCCAGUGUUCUAUGUUGAUGGCAAGCCUUUGUCUCAAUCUGGCGCUGUCCUUCGUUACAUUGCCCGAUUAACCGGACUGAACGGGAAAGAUUCUUGGGAAGAGGCCAAAGCGGACGAGACCUUCCAUUUCUUCCACGACUGUCUCCUCGCCCAUUUGAAGUACCUUUUCCAUAAGGCUAACAUCAAACCAGCAGAAGAUGUGGUAACUCUUGUUUGUUGAACAGCUCAUGCGUGCUACUGAUCUGAAAAGGGACUAAAAUGCUGUUUUAGGAAGCCGCAUACGCCGAAUUCGUUCCACCAGCCACCAAAGCUUUGGAAUUUUUUAACAAGAUGUUGGAAGACGCCGGAAAUGGAUAUGUCCUGAAAUCCGGAAUAACUUAUGCUGAUUUUGUUGUCCAAUCUUAUGUGACCACUUUGACAAAACUUGAUGAGAAAUUGGUCGCGAAAUACCCAAAAGUUGUUGAGCACUACGACAAGAUCCGAAAUCUCCCACAAUUGAAAGAAUAUAUUGCCAAUCGGCCUGACACUGUAAACUAA